UAUUUUUCUUGAUUAAUUAAAGCUGUGUGUGUUUACUCUUUAACACUCGUUACUUUUACUGCUUUAACCGAAAUAACCGAAAGAAAGGGAGAAAGUAGACUAGUGUGCUCUGCGCAUGCGUGUAGGCGGCUAAAUUCAAACCUCAAGACGUUAGCAUCAAGGCUCGUUGACGUUGGGGUCCCUCAUCGAUCUAGCCAAAACAAAGGCGACAUGAAAACAAUUUUAAAUUAGUUUAACAGUAAUAACACAAACCGUGGCCGUCGUUAAACGGGAGGAACUCAUAACAACUACAAGGUUGAAAAUGGAGCCUCUGGAUCCUUUUAGGAAUGAUGAAGGCAGUGGAUUCUCCAAGCGCCGCAUUUCUUCGAUUUUAAAAGCACCGCGGAAAUCAAUCAGAUUCCCUGACCCAGAGCAACAGGAACAUACGGUGGAGUGUCCCAAACCAGUGGAAAAGAGGAAUUCAAGAAGAGUCAGUUUUGCUCCUGCAAACGAUGUUCUCCUGUUCUCAAAGGAUGUAAAAAAUGCCUCUCCUGUCCGAAGUCCUUUGCAAGACUUAUUGACAACAGUGGCAGCCACACAAAAUAGGGUCCAGGUGGCGGUCACUGAAGAUAGAAUUCAACAAAUUGCAGGAAUGGAAACCCUUCUGAAUGCUCCUCUACACACUUCUCAACAAAGGGAUAAGGUCAACUUUGAUACUCGGGAUGACUUUGGGGAGAGAACAGUGAUGUUUUCUACGGAUGAUGCAUUCAUGGACAUGACCCACUGUCACACUAUAAACAUUAACAAUGAUGCAGAUUUACUUGCAGAUAUUUCCCUCCAAAACCAUGACGUUUUACCCACUAGCAGAGAGAAAACUGUGAUGUUCACUGCAGAUGAUGGAUCCAUGGAUAUGACCUUAAGUCACACUGUGAACAUGCCAAACAUGUCAGUGCUACUAACCACUAGCAGAAACAUGGAUUUAUGUGCAGAGAAGAGAAACACACCCUCCAUGAGGCUUCCUGCUGGAGCAUCCUCUGAAGAGACGAGUGGCUCUCUGGCCCAGAUUAAAACGCUCAGGGCUGAUGUGGAUAAAGAAAAUCAGGCACCAACCUCUCUUUCAGCUGUGAUGGCGAAGUCACUAAAUACAUCCAGGAUGAUUGGUGAAUCAUCUAAUCGAAGUGCACUCUAUCCAAAGGAUGAUGUAAGCAUGGAUAUGACUGAAGCUCUGACAGGCCGCAUUCAGGGUUUUACUGACGAUGACGAUCCCUUUCAGUGUCUUUUUCCCACACAAGAAAUGUACUCCCACCUUGACAACAAAGUGUCACAGACAGCAGAGAAGACCAAACGACAACAGAGCAGUAAAAUGCUGGCAUCAUUCAACCCUAAAGAUAUGACCUCCUUGAAGAACACACCUCUACAUGAUUCUCAUCAAAGACAAGACGUCAACCUUCACACAAAAGAUGAAUGCAGAGAGAAAACAAUAAUCUUCACUGCUGGUGAUGAGUUCAUGGAUGUGACUCGGAGCCACACUGUAAACAUUGCCAGUGGUUCAUUAGCUCCACCAAACCAAAAUUGCUCUCUUGGAAAAAUGGACAAUGCUUCAUCUCUGGAGGAGAGAAAACAAAAGAUUUGUGGUCCACCUGGCUCAUCAGCAAAUGGUGUGGAUCUAGGAUUUAAAAACUUCCUUGCAAAUCUCUAUGAAAAAAGUGCCCCCAGUGGUAAUCCAGUGAUUGCCAGAAUGGAACCUCCUACUGCGGCUGCAUCCUCUAAGGAAACUGUCAGCACAAACAGCUCCCUGUCCCAGCUUAAAACCGAUGUUAGUAAAGAAAAUCGGCCACUGAAUACAACCAGGAGCUUUGGAGAAUCAUUUAAUGGAGGUGCAAUCGGUACUGAAAAUGACGCGAGCAUGGAUAUGACAGAAGCAGUCCAAACUGUACUCACUGCCUCAGAUGAUCCUUUUCAGUUUCUGUUUCCAACGCAAGACAUGUACCCUCACCGUGAAAGUCUGAAGAAACCAGAGAGGACUUCAGGACGGAAGAGUGCAGGUAUGGAAACCUCAUUGAAGCCAUCUAUAAAGACAAAGGUGCAAAGACAUCAGGUCAACUUUGAUGCUGAAGAUGACUGCAGAGAGAAAACAGUGAGGUUCACUGCUGACGAUGGCUGUAUGGAUGUGACAAGAAGUCAGACUGUAAACAUUGUCAGUCAUUUAGGACUGCAGUCGCACCAAAAUGUGGGUUUUUUACCUGCUGGCGGUGAGAAGACCGUGAGGUUCACUGCAAGUGAUGCAGCAAUGGAUGUGACACAAAGUCACACUGUAAACAUUGCCACUGAUUUCAACCCACAGUCGCACCAAAAUGUGGACUUUUUACCUCCUUGUGGUGAGAAGACCAUAAGGUUCAAUGCAAAUGAUGCAGCAAUGGAUGUGACAAGAAGUCAGACUGUAAACAUUGUCAGUGAUUUAGGACUGCAGUCUAACCCAAAUUUGGACUUUGUACCUACAUGUGGAGAGAAGACCGUGAGGUUUAGUGCAAAUGAUGCAGCAAUGGAUGUGACACAAAGUCACACUGUAAACAUUGCCACAAAUUUUGACCCACAGUCGCAUCAAGAUGUGGACUUUUUGCCUACAUUCGGAGAGAAGACCAUAAGGUUCACUGCAAAUGAUGCAACAAUGGAUGUGACAAGAAGUCAGACUGUAAACAUUGUCAGUGAUUUAGGACUGCAGUCUAACCCAAAUUUGGAUUUUGUACCCACAUGUGGAGAGAAGACCGUGAGGUUCAGUGCAAAUGAUGCAGCAAUGGAUGUGACAAGAAGUCUGACUGUAAACAUUGCCACAAAUUUUGACCUACAGUCGCAUCAAGAUGUGGACUUCUUACCUACAUGUGAAGAGAAGACAGAGAAGACGGUGAGAUUCACUGCAAAAGAUGCAGCCAUGGAUGUGACAAGAAGUCAGACUGUAAACAUUGUCAGUGAUUUUGAACUGCAUUCACACCGGAAUAUGGACUUCUUACCUUCUUGCAAAGAGAAGACGAUGAGGUUCAUGGCAAAUGAUGAAGCAAUGAAUGUGACACAAAGUAACACUGCAAACGUUGCCAGCAAUUUGCUUUCAGAUUCAGGUCUUCCACCCCGAGAUUCUAACAUUUUAUCCGCCCAUGAAAAUGUGGACUUUCCUUUAUCUGCAAAGAAGAGAGAAAGUGAGGCAUGUCGUCCAAGUAAAAAUCGACCUUCAUCAACACACACUUUGGAUCCAGGGUUUAAAAACUCCCUGUCUAGAACGAGUGGCCUAUGGGCUAAGCCUGUGAUCACCGAAGCUACUUCAUUGUCCCCUCAAGAAACGGUAGAUGCAAAUGGCUUCCUGAACCCACUUAAAACGCAGAAGCCCGAGGCUGAUACUGCAAAGCAAGCUCCAGGUUUUGUUUCAGCUUCCAUGGAGAAUUCAGUAAAUCAAACCAUGGCAGACUAUGCAGAGGACGAUGUAAGCAUGGAUAUGACAGCUCAGACAGGCCACAUUUUGAGACAAACAUCUAUAGAUGAGCCACUUCAGUGCCCUGAUUCUGACCAUUUGAAUAAAACAGAGGGGACUUCACAACAGGGCAAUGUAGUACUAGGAUCGUCCAGCCCUGAGUGUGUGAAAAUCACAAACCGUCCUAAUCUUCUUGACUCCAAUGAAACUGAUAACAGGAAGGAACCCAAACCAAGAAAUCAAGCUUGUUCACCCAGUGCUGUUAACAAUGAUGUUGAUACAGCACCUUCAAGGAAGUCUAGACGAAUGAGUUUAGCCGAUCUUCAUUCAAAAGUAAGGCGUUUGAGCCACAUGAUAAAUACAGCUCCUGAUGCUAAUGCCCUGGACAGCUGCACAACACCUUUGCCUCAACUGGAACAUGACAUGGACAAAAACUCAAAAGACAGAACCAAAUCUCUUCCUGUAGUGGAGGCUGAACUUGAAAUGGGUUUGGUAAACACUGAAGAAAACAUACACGCUCAAUGUCUUAUGGAAGGAGAAGAACCCUCUCCUACUACUACUACUACAACUUCUUUCAACUUGAAGACCAAACAACUAAUGUCAAGACUCUCAGUGGGAGGCUUUAAGGCCAAACUCCCCCAACGAAGCAAACCCGAUGAUCCAAAAAAGGUGAAUUCAGUGGGAGAACACACAAGGACACUCACUGUGAAUGUUACUAAUCAACUGACCAACUUUGACAAUGAUGUGAGCGACAUUUACGAUGAAGAGCUUGGGAGCUGUGAAGAUAUGUCCGAAAUGCUGGACACGAGGAGUCCUCAGAAAGCCACUGGAAAAGUGAAUCCUUCCCAGGAGUUCAACGUGGAUGGGCCUUUAGAGGAUGAUGUAUUUGAACAGGACUUCAUUAGUCCUGUCCAUGUAAAGAAGAGACCUUUGCCAGUAGAUGAAAAUAAUACGGAGGACGAGAAGAGAAUAAAAGCAUCCACUGAGACAGCUACCGACUUUGAAAUGGGAUUACAGUCUGAUCUUGUAGAGUGUGACAGUAACAUUACUACAGCUCCAUGCAUGACUACACAGACGACAGAUUACUGCAACAGCAGUCACACAGCCAGCAUCAGAUGUGAAGCUACAUUUGAAUCCUCUUUCAAGCACAGCCUGUUUGAAUCCCAACUUGAAGACUACGCCUGUGACAUGCAGAAGAAACUCAAUGAUGGCACCAUCACAGUGUUAGAGUUCUUUAAACUCUUCAACAUAGACUUUGUCAUCCAUAAUCCUCGGCAAAGUGUCCUUCCUGGCAGACUUUUGUCAGACACAGAAUGCACACCGAUGGAUUUAUUAAAAGACAGGCUUAUCAACCGUCCUAAACAGGCGGUGUAUGAGACAGACGUCUUGAACCUUACAGAGAAGGUGGAGGGGCUGAAGGAGCGAAUGCGAGAUCUAGACAAACCACUGAAGACUGUCAAUAGACCUUUGUGGGAAGAAAUGAAAAAUUCUUCAGAGAAAGAGCUUAAAUCUUUUGGUGCAAAACUAAAAGAGAGAAACAACUUGUUCAGAAAGAUGAGCAAAGUUCAGUCACAUGAAAUGAAGGAGGUGUUGUACUCAAACCUUGUGCAGGCUAAUCUGGAGGAGCAACAGAGGUUGAGAGGAACGAUUGAGGAAGCAGACGAGAUGAUAAAAAGUUUGGACGAUUGUAUUGGUGAAUUAGAAACAGAACUGGCUGCAGUUGAAGAAAAAGGCUUUGAAAACACACCCAGUCUGAAAUCGCGUCAGGAAGAAAUGCAGAAAGUCACUGAGGCUUUGGCGGAUAAUGACCGACAAAUAACCGAACUGGAGAUGCAGAAGAAGCAGAAUUCAAAUAAACUCAACAGACUCAAAGCUGAGACGAGGAACCUUGAGAGCCACAUCACCGCACUGCAAAUGGUCAAUGAAUGGAAGUUGGGAGAGAAGAGUGACAACUGCACGGCCUACACUUUUCUCCAUGAGACCUUCCAUCUACAGUUGGUGUUUGAAAAAAAUGGAAAUGAUGCUGGUAAUCAGUCUGAGAGGAAAAUAUCACACAUCACAUUCAAACAACAAUUUGAUGAUGAGAAGUCUCAGGGCCAUGCGUGCCUUGUUCACAAACUGCUCUCUCAGUACAUUGAGGGAGAAGCUGCCUGGGUGGAGAAGUAUCCAACCAGCAGACAUGUUCCAAAGCUGCUCCAUGACGUGGGCCUGGUGGUGAGUCGCUGUCGUCUGCUAGGAGAGGAGCUGCGUCUGCUGAAAAUGUGGGGGGGUCUAAGGCUCAACAUUCUCAACAUCAGCUGUGUGGACACUCAAGUGCACAUUGUCUUCAGCAGUCUUAAGAAAUUUUCCAAGUUUGAGGUGAUCUUCUCUGUCAGUGUGACCAACCACCUCUGUGUCCUUAAAGUGCAGAGCUUCAGAAACCUGAUCGGAACCACAACGAUCCAACAGAUUGAAGAGAUUGUGGCAUCGUUCAGCCCAGCCAAGAAACUCUUGACGAAGAUUGUCAGAAAGAUUCAUGAAAAUCUACUCUGUUGAGACCAGGAAUUUUGAUUCCAAUCAUUUGUAAUGAAACUCUUUUGUACAAUAUAAAUGUUGAAAAUUGAAACAAUUUAAAAUCUAUUGACUUUCAAAAAAUGAAUAUAGUGUACAGGUUUCAGUCUGUUUUUUCUUCCGCAGUGCACAUUAAGUGAUGGUUUUUCAUUAUAUCUUGUGUCCUCAUAAUGCAGCUGCAUCUGUUGAUAUUUUGCAUUUUGUUAGAAAAACUUUAGUGUCCCAACAUAGUACAUAGAAAGGGACGAUGUAAACGUUCAAAUUGCUCAAAUACAGGAAAUCAGAAAAGUUUCAACUUGUUGCAGUUUGUUCUUGACUAAGGACUAAGAAGUGGGAUAGUUAUGUCACAGCUACAUAGCCAGUUUGAGGUUACUCAAGUCAUUGUCAGUUGUCUUAGCUAUACCAAAAUUUGGUUUAAUUUAUAUUUUGUCAUGGAUCAUGUGAUACAUUUAAAAUAUUAGAUCCAGUUGGUGUGGAGAGCAGACAGUCAUUUCUGUGCUGUUUUCAGAGUCGCCUUCAGAUAGGGUCACAAGGACUGACUUUACAGUACUUAAAAGGGGCCCUGAUAUAUGUAUAUCAGAUCCUGUGUUUGAGACAAGACUCAACAAAAGGUUGUAUAUCUGUCAUAUUUUGUUGCAGCUUUGUGCAGUACAGAACAUAUGUAAAUAUAUUUCAUUGUAUUUUGUUCAUAAUGCUAUUACCACAACUCCUCUGAUCUUUUUUUAAAUUUGAAAACAAGCUUUGUACUUUUGUCUUACUUUUUGUAAAAUACAUGUCCUGAUCCUUGAAAAGAUAAAUGUACUCAAAGUUUUCCAUUAAAAAGAUGUUUACAA